CAGUCUUACUGGUCACCUUUGUAUGCCUGUGUUGUAAAAUCAAACUAAUAGUAUUUGUUGCUUUUCCUAUCUGGGGAGGCUCAGGACGUGGACUGUUAAAAUAAGCCAUGGAGGGAUGAGUAUACAUAAGCUUUGCAUGUAUUUCAGCACACAGUAUACCCAAACUAGUCACAUUUCUUCAGCUCAAUUUCAAGCAUAGUAAAAUGACCUUUGUAAAAAUAUCUUUUAAGGCACGUUGCAACACAAGUAAGAAAAUGGACUCAAACUCUUCAUUCGAUUGGCCUCACGCGCUGAAUUAUAAUGGGACAUACAAGUACCUCUACUUAGAAGGCAAUGUCUCCUAUGUGGACUUCUACCUUCACCAGCCUUCAGUGGCAGCUGUCUUCAUCGUCUCUUACCUCCUGAUCUUCCUGCUCUGUAUGGUUGGCAACGGAGUGGUUUGCUUUAUUGUCCUGAGGAGCAAACACAUGCGUACAGUCACAAACCUUUUCAUCUUAAACCUGGCUGUCAGUGAUUUACUGGUGGGAAUCUUCUGCAUGCCCACCACCCUCCUGGACAACAUCAUUGCAGGAUGGCCGUUUGGGAGCCUGGUUUGCAAGAUGAGCGGGAUGGUCCAAGGAAUCUCUGUUUCUGCCUCCGUCUUCACUCUAGUUGCUAUUGCCGUAGACAGGUUUCGAUGCAUUGUUUAUCCGUUUAAGCAGAAGCUGACCAUUUCAACUGCAGUCGCCAUUAUAGCGGUCAUCUGGAUUCUGGCCAUCGCAAUCAUGUGUCCUUCUGCGGUCAUGCUGCAGGUACAAGAAGAGAAGCAUUUCAGGGUCAUCCUUGGCGAUGGCAAUGAAACCCGCCCUGUAUACUGGUGCCGGGAGGACUGGCCUAACCCAGGAAUGCGAAAGAUCUAUACAACGGUUCUGUUUGCCAACAUCUAUCUGGCUCCCCUGUCGCUCAUUAUUAUCAUGUAUGCUAGGAUAAGCAUUGCUCUUUUCAACACAGCAAUGCCCGUGGUGGGAAAACACAGACAGAGGCAGCGGCACAGCGUGUCUAAGAAGAAACAAAAAGUCAUCAAAAUGCUCAUUAUUGUGGCUUUGCUGUUCACCCUGUCCUGGCUUCCCUUGUGGACUCUGAUGAUGCUCUCAGACUACGCCAACCUUUCAGAUAUCCAGUUGCAGAUCAUCAACAUUUAUAUCUAUCCCUUUGCUCACUGGCUGGCCUUUUUCAACAGCAGCAUCAACCCCAUCAUCUACGGUUUCUUUAAUGAAAACUUUCGCCGAGGAUUUCAGGCGGCCUUCAAACUUCAGCUCUGCUCCGGGGAGAUCGUUCACAGGGAGGUCUAUUCUCAGCGAGGUCAAAGCAAUGCCAUUUUGCCAGCUGCCAACUGCCAGACACCCCAGGAUCAAGCUUGUCAAAAUGCUAAGGAGGAGGGGAAGACAGUUAAGAAAGGAAAUUGGGUGAAUAACCAGCAGGAUUUGAUAAUGGAGGAUCUAGAAGAGCCCUGCCACGAUGAAAUUAAGUGAAACAUGCUAUGAACUACCUAAACAGUUUAUGCCUAGCAGAGUUUAUUUAUUGUGUUGUGAAACUCACGCUCUGUAAGCCCUUUCUGACAAAAAAGUCAAUAUGUUUCUGUUUUGAAGGAGAUAAGUAACUUGCAUAAUAUCUGAAUGUUUGAUGUAAGUAGGAAAGCAAAUUCAGCCCUUUGCGUUACCAGCUUAAACCAGCGGCACCUCCCCUGCAGUCCGUGAUGACUCAUUGCUCUUGAACUGGGCUGGAGCAGAGACGUGAUUAAAAUGGGAUUACCUUCCACUUAUUGUGACAUAAGAGAAAAAGAGAACUAUAGUUAUUGACUCGGAUACAAUUACUCUGGAUACUCACUGAUGAAGAGGACAACAUUCAUUCAUUUUCUUCUGUGAAUCUCUCAGAGCAGCCGAAACAGGGUUGCUUGAACAAUAUUUACGGUAACGUUUCAGCAUGUAAGGCUAGCUGUUGUUAAUACCUACAAUUUUCUUCUGAUAUCAGAGAGUGGAAACAUCGCUGCUGUUUGUAGCAUCCAGCUAGACUGUGGAGCUGGAAAAAGGAGGAAAUCACAAGACUGGCCAGGACCCUGAGCGUAUGGCCCCUCUGGGGGGUUCAACUUUUGGGGCUCAGGGCAGCUCCGAGCCAGUGCGUCUGAGGGUGUCCCUCUUGUUGCAUUAAGAAAUAAUUUUAUCUGUAGACCAAAAUACCUGCUAAUGAGAUUUAUAAAAAAGUCCUCCACCAAAAGCAAGACUAAUCCAAUAAACCCACUCCUGGAUUUAACAUGAAUUUCUCUUUGUUCGACAAUGGAUCCUUGGUACUACUCUUUUAGCUUCUUCUGUGAAGUGUAAGCCUGUUCCUCGAACUUGUCAAUCUGUUAUUCUGUAACUCUCCUUAACUGAAAUAUUGGUGAUACAGUCUGAAUAUUUGAACUGAACUCACUGGUUCCUGGGUCUUCUUGUGGUUGAUACUCAUGUUGCUUCUGCCUGGACAUUUUGAGUGCCAGCUGGUUCCUACCCAAAUGACAAGAAGUCAUCACUGACAUCUUCAGUCACAUUCCGUUUAUUCCCCUUUCUGGUUGCCCCUCUUGUUAAUUCUGUGACAGUAAUUAUUGUUGCAGCUAGAGAAGUAAAUAGGAGUGAAAUUUGAGAAAUAAAGGAUAAAAAAUGGC